UCACAUGUGUGUGGAAUUACUCAGAACCGGCCUGUUUCGCUUUCAAUUCGUUUUAAGGCAGCCACAAAAAAAGGCAUCUAGCCAUAUUAAUCUCAACUUGACCGCUCAUUAAAUCCAAUCCUAAGUAAGUGGACUUUCAAUUUGGCCUGGCAUUCCGCGCGAUUAUCUGACAGGUGGGGAAGGUUCGCAAGCAGACGAGACAAAGGUGAAUCGCAAAGCAACAGCGAAAAAAAAUUGCUCUCGGACAAUUGUCAAAAAUUACGCAAAAUUCCCACACACACAGACAGACAGAAGCACACAUACUGACAUCCCCCGUCCGCCUGGCCUCUUCGAGACGUCUGCACGAAAUAGAAAGUAAUAAAAAACACAAAAAAAACGCAAAAUGACUUCCGACAUAACGCUGCAAUUGAUUGCUAUUUUGGAGAAGACAGUGUCGCCAGACAAAAAUGAACUACUGUCGGCGAAAAACUUUUUGGAGCAGGCAGCGGCCAGCAAUCUGCCAGAGUUCCUUAAGGCGCUGUCUGAGAUUCUGGUCAAUACGACAAACAGCGCCGUGGCACGCAUGGCCGCCGGUCUGCAGCUCAAGAAUCACUUAACCAGCAAGGACGAGAAUGUGCGGCAACAGCACCAAGAGCGUUGGCAUCAGUUCCCCAACGAGAUCCGUGAACUAAUCAAGAAUAAUAUUCUCAAUGCUUUGGGUACGGAGAAUACGCGUCCAUCGUGUGCCGCUCAGUGCGUGGCCUAUGUGGCGGUCAUCGAGCUGCCCAUCAAUCGCUGGCCCAUGGUCAUUCAGACCCUGGUGAACAAGGUGGUCAGCGAGGGAUCCAGCGAAAUGCACCGCGAGUCAGCCCUGGAGGCGAUUGGCUACAUUUGCCAGGACAUACGCUAUGGCGUGAUGGAGAAUCAGUCGAAUCAGGUGCUCACGGCCAUCAUUCAUGGCAUGCGCAAGGUGGAGCCCAGCAAUCAUGUUCGUCUGGCUGCUACCACAGCGCUGCACAACUCGCUGGAGUUCACCAAGGCCAACUUUGAGAAGGAUUUGGAGCGCAACUUCAUCAUGGAGGUGGUGUGCGAGGCCACCCAGUCCACGGACUCCCAGAUCUGUGUGGCCGCUCUUCAGUGUCUGGUGAAGAUUAUGACGCUGUACUAUCAGUUCAUGGAGCCCUACAUGGCUCAGGCUCUGUUCCCCAUUACGCUGGAGGCCAUGAAGGCGGACAAUGAUGCCGUUGCCCUGCAGGGCAUUGAAUUCUGGUCGAACGUUUGCGAUGAGGAGAUUGAUUUGGCCAUCGAGAGCCAGGAGGCCACCGAUCUGGGUCGUCCCCCAGCGCGUGUGUCCAAGCAUUAUGCUCGCGGUGCGCUGCAGUUCCUGACGCCCGUGCUGGUCGAUAAGCUAACCAAACAGGACGAGUGCGAUGAUGAGGAUACCUGGAGUCCGGCCAAGGCCUCAUCCGUGUGCCUAAUGGUGCUGGCCACCUGUUGCGAGGAUGAGAUAGUGCCCCAUGUCUUGCCGUUCAUCAAGGAGAACAUUGAGUCGCCCAACUGGCGUUUCCGCGAUGCUGCUGUCAUGACCUUCGGCUCGGUGCUCAAUGGACUGGAGACGAACACGCUGAAGCCGCUGGUGGAGCAGGCCAUGCCCACGUUGAUACGUUUGAUGUACGAUUCGAGUGUCAUUGUGCGCGACACCACAGCCUGGACCUUUGGACGCAUUUGCGAUAUCAUUCCCGAGGCGGCCAUCGAUAAGACUUAUCUGCAGCCUUUGCUCGAGUGCUUUGUGAAGAGCUUGAAGUCGGAGCCGCGUGUCGCUGCCAAUGUGUGCUGGGCAUUCAUUGGUCUCUCCGAUGCUGCCUAUGAUGCCGCCUCCACUGGCGAGCGUGAGACUCCCGAGACGUACGCACUGUCGCCGUACUUUGAGUUUAUCAUCACUCAGCUGCUGGAGACCACCGAUCGUUCGGAUGGUGCACAGGCCAAUUUGCGUGGCGCUGCCUACGAGGCACUCAUGGACAUGAUCAAGAACUCGCCACUCGAUUGCUAUUUGGUGGUGCAGCGCACCACAAUUGUCAUCCUGGAGCGCUUGAACCAGGUCAUGCAGAUGGAGUCGCACAUCAGCAAUCACAGCGAUCGCCAUCAGUUCAACGAUCUGCAGUCGCUGCUGUGUGCCACGCUGCAGAGUGUGUUGCGCAAGGUGCACGAACAGGAUGCCCCACAGAUAUCUGAUGCCAUUAUGAGUGCUCUGCUUACAAUGUUCAAUUCGAGUGCCGGCAAAUCGGGCGGUGUGCAGGAGGAUGCCUUCCUGGCUGUCUCCACACUGGUGGAGCUCUUGGGCGUACAGUUUGCCAAGUACAUGCCGGCCUUCAAAGAUGUGCUGAUCAUGGGCCUGAAGAACCAUCAGGAGUAUCAGGUAUGCUGUGCCACUGUCGGCUUAACCGGAGACAUUUGCCGCGCACUCAAGGAGCAAAUGGUGCCGUACUGCGAUGAGAUUAUGUCUGUUAUGAUGACCAAUUUGGCGGAGCCCACUCUACAUCGCACUGUCAAGCCGCAAAUACUUUCGGCCUUUGGCGACAUGGCGCUCAGCAUUGGCAGUAACUUCUUGAAGUAUUUAAGCGUGGUGCUUGAGAUGCUGCGCGCCGCUUCCAAUUUGCAGACGGAUGCCAGCAACUUUGACAUGAACGAGUACAUUGCCGAGCUGCGUGAGAGCGUGCUGGAGGCGUACACUGGCAUCAUUCAGGGUCUCAAGGGACUCGAUCAAACUGCGCAUCCCGAUGUGAUGCACAUGGAACCGCAUCUUAUGCACAUCAUUGGCUUCAUAAAGCGCAUUGCACAGGAUGGUGAAGUCUCCGAUUCGAUGAUGGCCAGUGCUGCUGGAUUUAUAGGCGAUUUGUGCACUUCAUUUGGGCCACGUCUACACUCACUGUUGGACGAUGUUGUCAUUACACAAUUCCUCGCCGAGGGCAAGCGUUCAAAGGGUCAGCGCACGAAAAUGUUAUGCUCGUGGGCCAUCAAGGAGAUCAAGAAGAUCAAUAGCCAGAGCAUAACGCAGUGAAAAUCUAACUAGAGGUUAAUGUUUCCUCCAUACCAAAACCACCCCCCCUUCAAUGAGUGAAUGUUUAAUGCAGCCGCUGUCCAGUCCGAAAAAUCUCUCCCUGAUUCUAUUUGCUAAGUUUUGUUUGUCCGAUUUAUACAUAUAUUGUUGCUGUGCAACGUGUAAAUGCUAAGACACAUUGUUUAUAAAACUAAAAAUUAAUUUUAAGUUGAAAGAAAAUGGUUCCCACAAACCCAAACCCAACCUAACCCUAUUAUAAAUAGUGAUUACCAUUUUGUUAAACGCAGACCAAACAGACUGCCCAUUGACCUACCCACCCAUCUAUUAUCUAUUAUGGCCAGAAGCAAAUUAUGACAAUUAUGAUUUAUGGGCAGACUGUUUGGCAUGGCUGCUGUUGUACCCCCAACUCCCGAUUUUAAUCAGAUAUCAGAAGUUUGUUCAACGAAAUUAUGUCAAACCCUAAUCUAAGUGUGUGGAAAAUCGGUUCAAAAAACACAUUAAAUGCAUUACAAAAUUCCCUGGAAACAUUAACUUGUAGUUAGCUGCUAUAAAAAACACACAGAAAAAAAACAAACCUUAAUUUAUAAGACAUAAUUAUGCCUAUCCUUAUAUGUAAUCUAAACAAAACAAAAACCCCUUAGAAAAAAACUAAAAAUCACAAAAAAAUGCGUGUGAGAUGAUAUGUGAGCUAAUGAUGAUGAUAAUGCAACUGAAUCUGAUGUACGAUUAUGCUAAAAUGAAUGACAAAUGAUGAUGAUGAUUAUAUGACUGCAAUCGAGAGAGCGUAUGUAUUUGUCUACUUACAAGUCUGAGUGCCUGCCAGUGUGCGCGAGUCUGACAAACUGCCUUAAACCACUUCCCCCGAAAUGAAUCCCAGCCCCCAAAUGAUCAUAUUUCUAGUGUGAAUCUGUGAUUGGAUGCCCGUGUGAGAGCAAAUGAAUUUUGUGUUUGAGUUUGGAUGAUGUAAACCUGCUUCCCAUUCUCCUCCUGCCCCUCACAUUUUCGUUUGGCGCGCGUGUGUUGGCGUGUGUUGUGUGAUAUUAAAUAAUUAAGCGUAAGAAUUUUUCUAGUGAAUGAAUUUAGACGUAAGCAAAACCAAAA